UUUUUUUUUUCUUUUUUGAGAAAAGGGAAUUUCGUCCCAAAUAAAAGGAAUGAAGUCUGGCUCCGGAGGAGGGUCCCCGACCUCGCUGUGGGGACUCGUGUUUCUCUCCGCCGCGCUCUCGCUCUGGCCGACGAGUGGAGAAAUCUGCGGGCCCGGCAUUGACAUCCGCAACGACUACCAGCAGCUGAAGCGCCUGGAAAACUGCACAGUGAUUGAGGGCUUCCUCCACAUCCUGCUCAUCUCCAAGGCCGAGGACUACCGAAGCUACCGCUUUCCCAAGCUCACGGUCAUCACCGAGUACUUGCUGCUGUUUCGAGUGGCCGGCCUCGAGAGCCUGGGAGACCUCUUCCCCAACCUCACAGUCAUCCGUGGCUGGAAACUCUUCUACAACUACGCACUGGUCAUCUUUGAGAUGACCAAUCUCAAGGAUAUUGGGCUCUAUAAUCUGAGGAACAUUACUCGGGGGGCCAUCAGGAUUGAGAAGAAUGCCGAUCUCUGUUACCUCUCCACUAUAGACUGGUCUCUCAUCUUGGAUGCAGUGUCCAAUAACUACAUUGUGGGGAACAAGCCCCCAAAGGAAUGCGGGGACCUGUGUCCUGGGACCUUGGAGGAGAAGCCCAUGUGUGAGAAGACCACCAUCAACAACGAGUACAACUACCGCUGCUGGACCACAAAUCGCUGCCAGAAAAUGUGCCCAAGCGUGUGCGGAAAGCGAGCCUGCACCGAGAACAAUGAAUGUUGCCACCCAGAGUGCCUGGGCAGCUGCCAUACGCCCGACGACAACACCACCUGUGUGGCCUGCCGACACUACUACUACAAAGGCGUGUGUGUGCCUGCCUGCCCGCCGGGCACCUACAGGUUCGAGGGCUGGCGCUGCGUGGACCGCGAUUUCUGCGCCAACAUCCCCAAUGCCGAGAGCAGUGACUCCGAUGGCUUUGUCAUCCACGACGGCGAGUGCAUGCAAGAGUGUCCCUCAGGCUUCAUCCGCAACAGCACCCAGAGCAUGUACUGUAUCCCCUGUGAAGGCCCCUGCCCCAAAGUCUGUGGCGACGAAGAAAAGAAAACGAAAACCAUCGAUUCAGUGACGUCGGCUCAGAUGCUCCAAGGUUGCACCAUCUUGAAGGGCAACUUGCUUAUCAACAUCCGGCGAGGCAAUAACAUUGCCUCAGAACUGGAGAACUUCAUGGGCCUCAUCGAGGUGGUGACCGGCUACGUGAAGAUCCGCCAUUCCCACGCUUUGGUCUCCUUGUCCUUCCUGAAGAACCUUCGCCUAAUCUUAGGAGAGGAGCAGCUGGAAGGGAACUACUCCUUCUAUGUCCUGGACAACCAGAACUUGCAGCAGCUGUGGGACUGGAACCACCGGAACCUGACCGUCAGGUCGGGGAAGAUGUACUUUGCUUUCAAUCCCAAGCUGUGUGUCUCUGAAAUCUACCGCAUGGAGGAAGUCACAGGAACAAAGGGCCGCCAGAGCAAAGGGGACAUAAACACCAGGAACAACGGAGAGCGAGCUUCCUGUGAAAGUGACGUUCUCCGUUUCACAUCUACCACCACCUCAAAGAACCGCAUCAUCAUAACCUGGCACCGGUACCGGCCCCCAGACUACAGGGAUCUCAUCAGCUUCACAGUUUACUACAAGGAGGCACCCUUUAAAAACGUUACAGAAUACGAUGGACAGGAUGCCUGUGGCUCCAACAGCUGGAACAUGGUGGAUGUGGACCUGCCUCCCAACAAGGAGGGGGAGCCUGGCAUUUUACUGCAUGGGCUGAAGCCCUGGACCCAGUAUGCUGUUUAUGUCAAGGCUGUGACCCUCACCAUGGUGGAAAACGACCAUAUCCGUGGGGCCAAAAGUGAAAUCUUGUACAUUCGCACCAAUGCAUCAGUUCCUUCCAUUCCCCUAGACGUACUUUCCGCAUCAAACUCCUCUUCUCAGCUGAUUGUGAAGUGGAACCCCCCAACUCUGCCCAAUGGUAACUUGAGUUACUACAUUGUGAGGUGGCAGCGGCAGCCACAGGAUGGCUAUCUGUACCGGCACAACUACUGUUCCAAAGACAAAAUACCCAUCAGAAAGUAUGCGGAUGGCACCAUCGAUGUGGAAGAGGUGACCGAGAACCCCAAGACAGAAGUGUGUGGUGGUGAUAAAGGGCCUUGCUGUGCUUGUCCCAAAACUGAAGCCGAGAAGCAGGCCGAGAAGGAAGAGGCUGAGUACCGUAAGGUCUUUGAGAAUUUCCUUCACAACUCCAUCUUCGUGCCCAGACCCGAAAGGAAGCGGAGAGAUGUCAUGCAAGUGGCCAACACCACCAUGUCUAGCCGAAGCAGGAACACCACGGUGGCAGACACCUACAAUAUCACAGACCCGGAAGAAGUCGAGACAGAAUACCCUUUCUUUGAGAGCAGGGUGGAUAACAAGGAGAGAACUGUCAUCUCCAACCUCCGGCCUUUCACUUUGUACCGCAUCGAUAUCCACAGCUGCAACCAUGAAGCUGAGAAGCUGGGCUGCAGUGCCUCCAACUUCGUCUUUGCGAGAACCAUGCCUGCAGAAGGAGCAGAUGACAUUCCUGGACCAGUGACCUGGGAGCCAAGACCGGAGAACUCCAUCUUUUUAAAGUGGCCAGAACCCGAGAACCCUAAUGGAUUGAUCCUAAUGUAUGAAAUAAAGUACGGAUCGCAAGUUGAGGAUCAGCGGGAAUGUGUGUCCAGACAGGAGUACAGGAAGUAUGGAGGGGCCAAGCUUAACCGGCUAAACCCGGGGAACUAUACAGCCCGGAUUCAAGCCACCUCUCUCUCUGGCAAUGGGUCGUGGACAGAUCCUGUGUUCUUCUAUGUCCCAGCCAAGACAACCUAUGAGAACUUCAUGCAUCUGAUCAUCGCUCUGCCGGUAGCCAUCCUGCUGAUUGUGGGAGGACUGGGGAUCAUGUUGUAUGUCUUCCAUAGAAAGAGAAACAACAGCAGGUUGGGCAAUGGAGUGCUGUAUGCCUCUGUGAACCCCGAGUAUUUCAGCGCAGCUGACGUGUACGUACCCGAUGAAUGGGAGGUCGCUCGAGAGAAGAUCACCAUGAACCGGGAGCUUGGACAAGGGUCCUUCGGGAUGGUCUAUGAAGGAGUAGCCAAGGGCGUGGUCAAGGAUGAACCUGAAACCAGAGUAGCCAUCAAGACAGUGAAUGAGGCUGCAAGUAUGCGCGAAAGAAUCGAGUUUCUCAACGAGGCCUCAGUGAUGAAGGAGUUCAACUGUCACCACGUGGUUCGCUUGCUGGGUGUGGUGUCCCAAGGCCAGCCUACCCUGGUCAUCAUGGAACUAAUGACGCGUGGGGAUCUCAAAAGUUAUCUUCGGUCUCUAAGGCCAGAAGUGGAGCAGAAUAAUCUGGUCCUGAUUCCUCCGAGCUUAAGCAAGAUGAUCCAGAUGGCUGGAGAGAUUGCAGACGGCAUGGCGUACCUCAACGCCAACAAGUUUGUCCACAGAGACCUUGCUGCUCGGAACUGUAUGGUGGCUGAAGAUUUCACAGUCAAAAUUGGAGAUUUCGGUAUGACACGAGACAUCUACGAGACAGACUACUACCGGAAAGGAGGGAAGGGGCUGCUGCCUGUGCGCUGGAUGUCUCCCGAGUCCCUCAAGGAUGGAGUCUUCACUACUCACUCAGAUGUCUGGUCCUUUGGGGUCGUCCUCUGGGAGAUUGCCACGUUGGCUGAGCAGCCAUACCAAGGCUUGUCCAACGAGCAAGUUCUUCGCUUCGUCAUGGAGGGCGGCCUUCUGGACAAGCCGGACAACUGCCCUGACAUGCUGUUUGAACUGAUGCGCAUGUGCUGGCAGUACAACCCUAAGAUGCGGCCCUCCUUCCUGGAGAUCAUUGGCAGCAUCAAGGACGAGAUGGAGCCCAGCUUUCAGGAGGUCUCCUUCUACUACAGCGAGGAGAACAAGCCUCCUGAGCCGGAGGAGCUGGAGCUGGAGCUGGAGCUGGAGCCCGAGAACAUGGAGAGUGUACCGCUGGACCCCUCGGCCUCCUCCGCCUCCCUGCCUCUGCCUGAAAGACACUCAGGACACAAGGCCGAGAAUGGCCCGGGCCCUGGAGUACUGGUUCUCCGCGCCAGCUUCGAUGAGAGACAGCCUUACGCUCACAUGAACGGGGGACGCGCCAAUGAGAGGGCUUUGCCUCUGCCCCAGUCUUCGACCUGCUGAUCCUCAGACACCGAAGCACGCGCAGAGGACAGUGAAGUGUGCGCCCACUUGGUGGGCGGGGAAAGCAGGUUGUAACAAUCUAUUCACAAGCCUCCUGUACCUCAGUGGAUCUUCAGAACUGCCAUUGCCGCCCACGGGAGAGAAGGCUUCUCUGCAGUGAACACAUUUGGGACCUUCCUUUUUUUCAAUAUGCAAGCAGCUUUUUAUUUCCCUACCCAAACCCUUAACUGACAUGGGCCUCUGCAAACCUUAAUGACAAUACUUAAUAGCAGCAGGACACUCGAGAAUUGAGUCUCCUCAUUCUCUGCCUUCUCUCUCUUUCUGCCUUCCCUCUCUUUCCUCUCCCUCUCUUCCUCUUCCACUUUCUCCUUUUUCUGCUUCACAAUGGAAAAAUGUUUGCCGAAAGCCCAGCCGGGAAGCCUUUUUUUUACAAAAAAAAAAAAAAAAUCAGAUUGACUUAGUGGCUAUCCCUGGGGCUCCUCCUCACCCCAUACACACCUGCCUGACACCGUAGGUCUUUACAAAAAAAAAAAACAAAAAAUACAACAAAAAAAAUGCACACACUGAGAUGGAAUUUUUUACCUGUAUCUUUAACCUUUUUUAGGGUCAUCUGAAAUUCUCAAAGGGCCAUUGUUCAUCCAUGGUUGUUUUCAUUCUCAUGCUGCCAAAUUUUGCCAAAAUCCUAAUUUUUUUUUUUUUCUCGCGUGCGCUCCCUGCGCUGAUUCCCCUUUUGUCCAGAGGCAUGGGGUGAAACUUGUCAUCGAGUUGAUAACAGCCUUUGAGAGACAACACUGGCGGGCCAUGUCUCCGCCGUGCCGUGCCGUGCCGCGGUGUGCUCUUCCAGCCCACGCCCCCCUGGGUCUCGUUGUUUUGUGACAACUAGGUUAUUGUUUGGGAGAACUGGGCAAGAUGGGACUUGCCUUCAUUGAAGAAGAGGAAGGCUGAGCUGGCUCCCCUCUCCCACGCCACCCACGGCACCCCAAGAAUUCUGGAGGAGACGGUCAUGAGUAAGCCUGAAGGUCAGGUUGUGUGGGUCGAGGUGGUCCUCAUGGCCAGCCUCCUUCCCCUUCUGGCCCCCAAGGGACGCAGGUGCGAAAGGGUUCCAGGGAUGCAGCCCAGCCGUUGAUGCAGAUGUGCAGGGGAGGGAUUGAGACACCGUAGCAGCACGAAGCAGCGCAGGCAGUGGAUCCAAGUAGUCUAAGCUUUGAGAUCGUCUCUGUUACUAGGACUUCUUCAUGGUUCUCUCAGUUCUAUGUCAGACCAUGAAACAUUUGCAUACACAUCGUCUUUAAUGUCACUUUUAUAACUUUUUUACGGUUCAGAUAUUCAUCUAUACGUCUGUACAGGAAAAAAAAAAGCUGCUAUUUUUUUUGUUCUUUGUCUUUGUGGAUUUAAUCUAUGAAACUUUCAGGUCUCCCCUCUUCUUCCUUUUCGCUCACUCCGGGAACCUUCCUGUGCUCUGUACUAGAGGGUGAUUUCCCUGCCUCUCUUCCAGUGACUGAUGCUUCUAGGACAUAAUUUGCCGUGAACUGUUGGAUGCCUUUUUAUAAAUACGUCUCCCUUCCCUGCUCCCUGCAGCCCCAUUUAUUAUCUUCUAACCCGUAGGUUCUGUGGGCGCAGUGCUGGUAAGGGACCGAGGAGGAGGGAGACCAGGACCCAGGUACUGCUGGGCUCUCCUCUCGUUCCCACACCUCCCUGCACACAACAUUGGAGUCUGUUAACCCUGCAAGACAUGCCUCAAACUCAGGUCAGAAUCAGAAAGGUCAAAAAUCUCACACAUCCUGGGUUAGUGUUCAUAGUUCCCAUUGUUGGAAGUCACGCCUUUGACGUCACUCUUUGUUUUUGUUUUGGUUGUGACACACACACAUAAAUAUUCAUUUUGGAAUACAAGAGCAGUUUUAACUGCAGACAGUAGGCAUUUGAAUUAUUAUUUUUCUAUGGAUAUUUAAUCCUUCUGUCACACACACAAACACACACAAAACAAAAACAGCUGCCGAGUCCCCAGGGCACAGCAGAGCAUGGCCUAGCGGCCCCUCUGCCAUCACCCUCACUAGACCGACCUGCCUACCUGUCUUUAGCCCAGAGUGUCUGAAUGGGUGGCCUCCGUGUGAGCAAGGUGCAGGGUACCAGCACCCCAUGGCCAGAAGCAGCAGCCUCAGUGGCCUUCUGGAGCCCGUCCCCAGGUCCGAAGGCCUGAGUGGCAGGUGGAGCAGAGCUGACCCCAUGGUAGCCCUGGAGUCCUUUGCUGUUCCUUCGUCGCCAAAAUGGCAGACCUCUGGGCUAGGGGGUCUUGUUUAGUUUUAACACUUCUUACCAGAGUGGCGGCAGCCUGAGAGUUGCUUCUGGGAUGGGAAUAUUUAAGGAGUAAGAAGAAGCUGGAACAGGAUGACUGCCGUUGCGACUGGAGAUUAAGUAUAGAAAAGAAAGCUCGCGGUUCUCUGGCUCGUCUGUAGUUCAGGCUCACGGCUCUCACUAGCCUCUGCCCCACAGUGUUUCCCCCUAACAAGAGAGAGAGAGAGAGAGAGAGAGAGAGAGAGAGAGAGAGAGAGAGAGAGAGAGAGAGAGAGAGAGAGAGAGAGAGAGAGAGAGAGAGAAAAGGAGAAAAAAGUUUAUAAAGAAGGUAUUACACGUAGAAGUUUUAAUUUAUUUUGUGAUACCUGUUUUAAUCACUGUAGAGAAGUCCCCAUUAUAAAUUUAAAUACUGAGGAAAAGAGGUAUGUGUGUGUGUGCGUGUGAGAGUGUGUGCGCGCACGUGUGUACGCGUGUGCACUUUGCUUGGGACAGUUUUUGUUUGGGGGGUGUUUUGUUUUUCAAACAUUUAUCUACCUCACACUUAUUUUUUCAUGUGUGUAUAUAUUUAAAAAUUACAUCUCACACUUCUCAGUACCGACAAUAGGCCAAUGAUACUGGUAACCUCAUACACACCACAGGCCACAUACCCGGGGGAAAGAGAGGUCAGGCUGGAUUCUGGGGUUAAAGCAACACUAACUCACUCAGCCUCCCCCACUCCUGUCCAAAAGCUCACUUUUCCUGGGGCAUCUUUGGUUAUUUUUUUUUUUUUUUUGUCACCUGGUUCCCUCAGAGGUUUCCCUGCUUCCAACCCAGCACCCCACAUGAGCCCAGAGCACACCAGUGGAGGGAUCCCUUGCCCAUCCUCAGUUGCCUGACUUCAGAACGUUAUAGCAAUUGAAUGACCGACAUCUAUCACCCCCAAGAGAGGAGGGAUUCCCAGAUUUUUGAGGGCUGAGGCACCCACACAUAGGUUGUUGCAGAGUCCCAGUGUGUGUGCAUGUCGGGUGCCCCGUUGGCCCCCUCUGCUGCUCUGUCGAGGCCUACCCCAUGACAGGAGCAUGCCACCAUUGCUGUCUUGCAUUGGUUUCUCUCAGAGGUACAGCCCUGUCAGCCGUUGGAGAGCCCUGCCCUUAACCCUGCUUCUGAAAGAAGGCCAGUAUGAUAAAGGGGGGCAGGACCAAGUGUGCACCCCCUGCAGGCUGCUGUACUUUCCUCUUCCUCCCUGCCCCCCCAGGGCUAUACAAGGCCUGACCAAAACUCCUCGAGGCUGGACAGCCAGUGGUUGGCACUCAGCCUUCCCUGUGCAUUGCCUCUGUCCAUCCCAUCAUUUUGCUGCUCAUUGGGGUGGACGGUGCACUCCUCAAUUCCAGCAGCUGCUCUCUCAGGCCCUGGGGACUUUAGCUGGGAAACACACUGGGGGAUACUUCUCCAGUGUGGAGAACUGCCUAACCGUUCAGUAAAUUCAGAGUCCUUUUUCUCCUGCCGGAAUGCUGGGAGAUACUGUUUGAUCAGGGUUUUCCUCUCCUCCACUAGGGCAUCCCAAUGGUAUAGUGGCCUCUCCUCUUUUGCACAUACCUGCCGGUUUCCACGACUGGAUAUCUACAGAUCAUUCAGCUGAUUUUAAGGGUUAUUUUUUGUUUUGUUUUGUUUUUAAUUGUCUAAGUUGUUGGUGGUGUUUUAUGUAGAUUUUUUUUUCUUUUAAGUAGAGAGAAAACACUUAACAGUGUAGUACCCACCAUAACAUGCCCCAGAAACACUUCAGUAAAAGAGAAGUCUGUACGAUGAUACGGUCACUUUGCUGGACCGAUUCACCCACCUUGACUAUUGUAAGGCAUCAUGUAUCCACAGUUCUAGCCUAAUUUCAUGCUGAUUUUUCCUGCCUCUUCCUAAUGUUUCUCUCUAUAUGCUCCAAGUAAUCUUACCAAGCUGAGUUGUGGCCUUUUUCAUGCAUCCUCCUUUCCUGGCAGCAGCUCCCACUGCUUGAAGUAACGUGAACCACUGAGGCGCGUCACUGCGGUGACGUGAACAUUAAGGUCUUCUCCCACACGGCCCUUCCUUGAGGCAGCAGGAGCUGAGUUGUGGAGACACAGUCGAACCUGAGCUGUGUGAGACCCACACUAUCCCAUCUCCUUUCAGGAAUGUCAAUUUCGUUUGACUCUUAGUCGGAAGGAGGCUUUCUCCUGGAACAUAGAAGACUGUUGAAGGCCAUCGCUGGCCUCUCCUUAUGACAAUUCAAUGGUAGGAAAAGCAGCUUCCUAAGAUAGACAGCGAUCAUUGUGGAAAGAGCAGAUGGCUGAGUGUUUGGUAUGCAGUCGUGUUCUUUGGAUGGGCUAACAGAUGGAUGAGCUCUGCAUGAUGCCAAGUUCUAAGCCAGUGUGUGCUCCCGGAGCCUCUUUCUUAACAGCCCACCUCUGUUGGCAGUGGCUGUACCUGAAGCAAGCAGGCUGUUGUGGCAAGGUCACGCUAAGCUCAGAUGGGUGAGAAGGCUAGGAUGCUUACCCAAGGUCCUCUGUUGUCAUUGUUGGGUCCUCUCUGGAUGCCCACACAGUGUUGAAGGUAGCUCCUUUCCUAAACAUUGGCAUCCUGCAGGUGACAAUUCCACCCUGUUGAUAUGUUUGGCCCAUUUUAACAGUAAUGAAUUUACGGUUUGGGUUUUUUUUGGGAGGGGGGGUUGUUUUUUGUUUUUGUUUUUGCUUUUGUGUUUGUCUGAUGUCUUCAUUUCCUGGGCUAAGCAGCAGCAUUGGGAAACCUGGACCAGAGAGAUCCACUCCUUACGAACCAGUGAUGAUGGUCAAACUUGAUCACUCCACUCUGAACUAGGUGGUGUUACAAAUUGAGAACUUCAAGACAGGAUGUUUGUUUAAAGUGAACCUCUCUUGCCAGAGGUGCUGAAGAUGCAAACCUUGAACAGGUCAGGGGUCUUCGCUUUGAAAAUCGGUUGGUUAUUUAGAGAAACAAACAUUCCUUGAUGGAAUGACGGGAUGACCGGGCAGUAGGAAGCGGUGGGAACUGGGACCAUGACGUGAAGAGACUUGUUGACAGCGUAAAGGGUUUAGAAGAAGCGCGAAUCGUAUUUGGACGGGAUGGUUUCUGAAGGCGUGAGACCGCAUCGAGGCUGUGGCGUCAUCGUGGGCAUUUGGUUUCAGAGGAUAAACUUAGCAUCCUGCUCUGGAAACUUCUCACAGAACUCAGACUCCAUCACGCUCACCCAUUGGGUUGUCCGUCUGGGGCAUGAUAGGGAUUUAUUUUGUUUUGUUUCUGUGAGGACUUCAUAAUCACUGAUGUGUGUGUCCACGUGUGUCCGCAUCUUUCCAGUAAACAUAGUUUUUUAAAUUAGUCAUUCAUUUUCGUUUCCAAUCGGGCUUCUAAGUCCAGUAGAUUACGGGUAGUCAGUUGACGAAGAUCUGGUUUACAAGAACUAAUUAAUGUUUCAUUGCAUUUUUGUAAGAACAUAGAAUAAUUUUAUAAAAUGUUUGUAGUUUAUAAUUGCCGGAAAUAAUUUAAAAACACUUUUUUUUCCCUCUGUGUGUGCAAAUAUGUGUUUAUGGUCUUUUUUUGACACUUGUUCACUAGCUAGCUUUACAAUAUGCCAAAAAAAUACCAAAAAAAAUUUUUUUUAAUUCCCCCACCCCCACCCUGAAUCCAAAUGGUGGUUCACCCUCUUUCCCACAUGCUAUGUGCUCUAGUUUUAAAAAAAGAAAAAAAAAAAAGGAAUGACAGUGGUUUUAAAAGUACUUCUGUAUUCUUCAGUAUCUUGGUCAUCUUUUAGUGAUUGUGUCGCGGUGGAGUGUAGCAACCUGAACAGUUCGAAAAGUACCAAAAGCCUUGCUGGCCGUGAAGUAGCAGGAGGUGGUCACCCAGCAGUGUGGCAUGGUGUUCAUGGUGGCAUCCGACUCACGUGGCUGGUAUUUGUUGUAGCUCUGCAAUGCCAUGGAGAUGGGGUGGGGGGGCUUCCGGACACAGAAGGUGCAGCCCGUUGGCUUGUGUGCCUCAGAGCCCUGUGAUGGCUGUGCCUGCUUGUACUUAAAGGCUGGAUGCUGAAGGUACAUUUUCCAAUACAGAGCAAACCACAGAAACCACAACAUACCCCCCACCAUUUUUUAAGAGUUAAAAUCCACUUUUUUUUUGACACCCACUGCAUUAUUGGCCGUGUCUCUGCAGUUCCAGAAGAUACCACUGCUGGAAACAGCUGGAAUUGUCUAACUCUACAGGAAAAGGGUCUGGGAACCAUUUGUGGCUUGGGUUGGAUUUGGUUUUUCAGUUUCUCUCGGAUGUCGGGCAUUGUGCAGACAUGUGCACAGGUGGGACAGAUACCUGCCUGGUGACAUCACCUGUCUGCCUCCUAAGCCAAUGAGGUUGGGUGAGAGGUGUGCCAGGGUUUGUCUACCUCUGGGUUUAAAAAAAAAAAAAAUCAAAAGGCGUGAUGGAACCGAUGCAUUGCCAAUAAUGUAUUUCUGAGUUUUCUUGUUAAAAACUUUUCUUAAAAAAGAAAAAAAAAAGUUUUAAAAAGAUAACAAUAUGGCCAAUUUGUUACAUAAAAUAACUUUCUGUGUAUAAAUUAUUCCUAAAAAAAAGCCCUCUGUUUAUAUUUAAAAAAAAUCAGUAGAUGAAAAAAAAUUCAAUGUUUUUGUAUAUUCUGUUGUAAGAAAUUAUUCCUGUUACUGCGACAUACUCGGGAUUCUUUACAUUAUGAAAAAAAGAAACUUUGUCUAUUUUGAAUGGCUGAAGCUAAGGCCACUUGAGUUUCUUAUUACUCUGCUUUUUUCUAGUAGUUAAAGUACCACAUGGGUUAAGUUAAAUAAAAGAAUUCUGUAUGCA